AAAAAAAAAAACGAUGUAUAAAGAAAACGAAAAGAAUUAUAAUAUUCUUGUGGCGGUCGAAGAAACAUCCAUAUCAAAUAAUGCAAUUGAAUACGCGUUCGAUUUAUGUUCGCGUUUAAAAGAUUCAUAUAGUCUAUCGAUAAUCUAUGUCAUUGCAUUGAAUCCUGAAACAAAUGUUCCAUUUUUACAUAAUUUAGACAAAGCAAAUAAUCUUGAUAUUCUUCUUGAUGCAAAAGAAGCUGUAAACAAAAUUAGAGAAUAUUUGAAAAAAUUCGAUAAUACAUAUCCAAAUGUACAGUAUGAUCUUAUUGAACACAAAGGUUAUGGGGUGGUUGGAAAAAUCCUAACGGAAUAUAUUUCUCAAAAUCAGUUAGAUUUGAAUUUAUUAAUAGUUGGAUCAAGGAAUCUUGACGGCUUACAAAAGGUUGUGUUGAGUUCAACCAGUGAUUAUUUAGCAAGACAUGUACAUUGUCCAGUGACAAUCGUCAAGCAAUGAAUAUUAUGUCUUUAAAGAAUUAACUGAUAGGUAUAAUUAAUGAUAAGCCAAAUAUGGACGUUUAUUUUUAUAUAAAUUUCCAUAUAUAUUUAUCUUAUCUCCAUGCAUAUUAUGUAUAUAAAUAUAAUAAUAUAUUGAAAUUAAAUACAUUGUAUAAUUUUAUUUAAUAACAAUAAAUGAUAUCAUG